AUGCGGGUGAAGUUGAGUCACCUGGCUGACAAACAGGAGUGGACACAUCACAAACACAGGGUCCAUGAGGACAGGACUCUUCAGGAUCUGGAGUCUCUACUCAACAGCAAGAUUGGCCAGAAAGCUUUCCUCUGGUUCCUGCAGUCUGAGUUCAGUGAGGAGAACCUGCAGUUCUGGUUGGCCUGUGAGGAGUACAGGGUUACCCCUCCAUGGCAGCAGGAGGCCAAGGCCCAGUCUAUGUACUGCCAGUACAUCAACCCUGGUUCACCACAGGAGGUGAACCUGGAUGCUGAGACCAGGGAGGCUCUACUGAGAGUGACGGAGGAGCCUGCAGGCGACACAUUCCACGAGGCCCAACAACACGUCUACCACCUGAUGGCCAAAGACUCUUAUCCUCGCUUCCUGCGCUCCCCACACUGCCUGGAGGCCCUUAGGGUUCCUUAGAUAUUCCACAGCGCCACCUGCUGCCCCGGGGGACCACACAACAACAUAAUAACAAGCUGUGUUUUAUAACAACAUUAGAAUUUAUAUAAUUUAUAUUUAUUCUCAAGUCUUAGUAGACACUCAUAUGUGAGUUGUAAGAUGUUUGUGUUUAUCAUAAAUAUGGUAUAACUGGUAUAUGUCCAUGUAGUUCAUAAUCAAGUGUUUUGACAGGAACUGAGAUCCUGAGUAUUCUAGUCAAAUCAAAUUGGUCACAUACACAUAUUUAACAGAUGUUAUUGGUCCAUAUUUAUCAGAUGUUAUUGGUCAUAUACACAUAUUUAUCAGAUGUUAUUGGUCCAUAUUUAACAGAUGUUAUUGGU